AUGUUUUAUUCCAGUAUUUUCGUCACUGCAAUGAUGCUCGAUGCAAAGUCCAAACAAGAACGACGGCGUGAACGGGAGAAGCAGAUUGAGGCGGUGAAAGCCGAAGUACUGGAGUUGAAAGAGGAGGAAAUGCGCAUAUUGCAGACGUUAUCGCGCCGAUGGAAACCAGCCUUUCGCGGCCCUCGUUUAACAAGCCGGCAUUAUAGCACGCUCAAUGAUCCUGCAAUGCAGUAUAGACGAUACCAGGAUCUUGCAUCAAGAUCGGCAGAACUGCGGAACCGUGACGAUGGUUCCGCUGGACCACAUGCGUCUGAUCCUGGGGAUAUGGAUGUUAGAGAGGACCCAACUGACCUUGGGUUUCAAGAGAUCGAGUUAUCCCCCUUAAAAAGGAGAGCUCUUCAGACGCUGGCUAUGAAAAUGCUGGGAUUGAGGCUGUUAUUGCGGCCUUCUAUAGCCCAUUCGUAUGGAUCGAUCAGAAAGAAUGACACUUACGAGUCAGUAACCCGAAAUUUAAGCGUGGAAAUGCUACUUAGUGAGCUAGAAAAGAUACGAAAACGGAUCUUUGAGCUUAAACACUCCUCAAACGCCCCUUAUCUGGAUAUUUGUGGAGAUAUUACACUUGAAGAGCAGGAGGUUUUGGAGAGGGAAAGGGAUGCAAUGACAUAUGAGUUUCAGAAACUUUUUGGCUUAUACGAACAGGGGCGCCUUUCGUUGGACGGGCUGGCUCUCAGAGUUUCAGAACUUUUGAUAUCGUCACAGGAACCUCUCUCACCCCGGGCCAUCGAAAUACUAAUUACCAGCUUUAGCCGUGCCCAACUCAAUGACAUGGUGAAGAUGGUCAUGGAUUCUCUUUUCACAAACACAUUUCUUUUAACAGUCCCCAUUAUUGUUUCCUCUUUAAAUUGGUUCAACAAAACCAAGGACUUGAGUGGGUUUGAUCAAUUUUUAAAAAUCCUGCUAAGCCCCAAUCCAUUUGUUAAUAUUCAUUUGCGCUGGGGCAUAGCGAAGGUUGGCGGACUUGAAAUUGCCGUGCCUCCGAAUUCGACGCCGAAUCCCUUUAUCCUCAAUUCUCUCAUUUCCUGUGCUCUAUGUUUUGACCAGCCUCAACGAGCGGAUGCGUGGCUUGAUACCCUCAGGGCCAUAGGGUUCAAUGACACAGUUCCCGUAUUAGGUGCUUACCUACGCUACCAUUCAUUUCACGCCGACUGGAGAAAAGGGCGGCAUGUUUUGAUGCGAGUAAUUUUUUAUCUUUUAUCCAGCAAAAAUCACCCCGUACAUGAGAUAGAGCGGCUGGUUCUAUACAUGAUAAUAUUAUGUGAAUGCUGUGGCCGGAAGCAAGUUUCUGAUUCGAUUAUCGCCGCUGCUGUAUCCUCUGGCAUCAGGUGGCAGCGAUCGAAAACUCCACGAGACGCACGGCCGGUGUUAUUAUGGGCAGCUCGGAAAUGGCGAGAUGCAAGCAUUUACUCAGUCGAUGGUUUAGACAAUCUUUCUCCUGGAGAAAAAUAUGUUGAAUUUGCCCGGAAAAUCGAACCGUUGAUUCGAGAGGCUGCCGAAGAAUUUAUCCCGGAUGACGAUUUGACACUACAAAGAUUAAGAUUAGAGGAGAGCUUUAAUAUGAAAUAUUACAAAUUAAUAUCUAACGAAGGAGACAAAUCUCACCAACCUGUGUCCUCGAAAGACCCGAACGAACAGCCAAGAGAUGACAUAGAGUCAACUAAAGCCGAAUUGAAGAAACUGCAGGGUAUGGUUAAUCUCCAGAAUGCUGUCAUUGCAAAGUUAGAAGGCUACAUAUUAGAUCGGCCAGAGAUGCGUGGUGCCGGGGCCCAAUCAUCGCAUGGAAGGUCUGAAAAUGGUGCGAUUCAUCACAAAAGCCGAACCUCCGAUAAUCGAUCGCCAGACAAACGAUAUCGAUUGGUAUCUAUUUUCAAUAGCGGGGAUACAGCUAUGGAAAGACUGGACGAAGAUGAAGCGAAACACCCUCGCGUAACCGUUAACGAUAUAGAAGAGGGCGCAAUUGCAUGA